AUGAAUAAUAAUAUUGAAUAAAAGACUUAAAUUUAAAUUCUCUAGUUUUUUGAGUAUUAAAAUUCAGUUCAAAAUGAGAUCGAAAAAUCUAAAAAGAUCUUACAAACUUUAAUAGAUUAAAAAAAGAAAAUGUAUAAUGACAAAAUACUGUAAUAAAAGGAGAUUCAAAUGUAGCAAUAAUAAUAAAUUGAAUAAUACAAAAAAGUGAUUGAAGAAUAGUAAUAAAAGUUAAAAUCAAAAGGAAACAAAGAGAAUGUUUAAAUCUAACUUGGUUAAAUGAUUUCAUAUUAAUAAGAGUAAAAUCAAAAGAUUGAAUCUUUGGUUGAAUAAUCAUGCAAUGAAAAUUCAAAUUAUAUAAAGUUAUAAGAGAAACUAAUAAGUAUGAAUUACUUUUAACAAUUAAUUAGAAUCUUAAAGUGAUAUCAAUUAAUUGAAAGAAGAGAGGGAAAUGAAAGAGAAAUUGAUAAGUCAAUUAUAACAAAUAACAGGAGUAUAUUUGGAAUAUGAUCAUCAUCAAAAAAUACUUGAUAUCUAAUUGGAAUAUAAUUUGAAUGUCCAUAUUCAAAUAAAAUUUGAAGAGAAAUUAAGAAGUAAAUUUUUGAAAUCAGCAAUUUAGUUUAUACUAUAAAUCCUAAGAAUGAGCAUUUCUACUAAUUAAUUAAAGAGUUCAAUUAAGAUAAUUAAUUGGAUAAACUUAUAUAAAGAAUCUAGGCAUUUAAUUGA